AUGACGGAGGGAACCGUAAUUAUACAGGGGCAGGCGAGCCGUGUGGAUCAACACAACCGUAGAAUACAAUCUCAUGUACAUCGACAGGUAGACAGGUUAGAUGAGAGAGGAAGACGACUAGAGGACAUAAAAGUUAACAGUCAGGAGACCCUAAGGACGUCAACGAUAGGUAAUACAACGGAUAAUCGCAACAGAGAAAAUGUUGUGUGGGAACAAGAGAAUAGGAAUCCGACGAUCACAUUAAAGUGGACUUUACGGACCAUGCCGCGACAAGAGGAGCGCACGGAGCCAUGGGCAUCGAUACCGGAACGAGAAUCGACUCAAAUCAGGAAGGAUAUCCAGAAGAAUAAGGAGGAUUUGGACGAACUGUAG